AUGGCUGACAGCAGCAUACUUACAUUGGGGACAGCCCGUAGCCUGCUCGUGGACUCGUCUGUAUACGACUCCAGACUGGCUGAGACCUCCAAGGAGAACACAUUCGUGGGUCUGGCGACAGAUGACGCUGAGGAAAUGCUUCCCAGAGUUGAGACCAGAGUUGUGCUGGUAGGAGAAGCGAGUGACAACGCAGAGCUGGUGAAAGCACUUCAGGACAUAAACGCACCUUACAUAAAGACGGACAACGUCAGGGAGUUUGGCGACGGGGAAAACGCUGAGUUCGAGACGGUGUUUGUGCUGAACGAUUUCCAGUCUCCAGACUACAACUACCUUUACAAGAACGACAACCGCAUCCUGGGCCCCCCUGUGGUGCUUCACUGUUCGAGCAAUAAGGAGCCUCUACCUUUCUCGUCCCGUCCUCUCUACUCCACCACCAUGCUGAACUUGGCUCUGUGCUUCACAGGCUUUCGCAAGAAAGAGGAAGUGGUAAACCUGGUCAACCUGGUCCAUCACAUGGGAGGGACCAUCCGCAAAGACUUCAGCGCCAAAGUCACACACCUCAUUGCUCAUUCAACACAUGGAGAGAAGUACAGGCUGGCUGUGUGUAUGGGUACCCCCAUCCUCACCCCACAGUGGAUCCAUAGAGCCUGGGAGCACAGAGAUGACAUUAAUUUCCAUGCCGGCGAUGAAGAAUUCCGCUCAGAAUUCAAAGUCCCCCCGUUUCAGGACUGUGUUCUGAGUUUCUUGGGUUUCUCUGAGGAGGACAAAGCCAACAUGGAGGAGAGGACAGUAAAGCAUGGUGGUCGGUACCUUGAGGCCGGAGAUGAGAAGUGCACCCACAUGGUGGUGGAGGAGAACUCCAUUAAAGAGCUCCCCUUUGUACCAUCCAAGAGAUUAUACGUUGUGAAACAGGAGUGGUUUUGGGGGAGUAUUCAGAUGGAUGCUCGGGCAGGAGAAUCGAUGUAUUUGUAUGAGAAGCCGGAGAGCCCGGUCAUGAAGAAGGCCGUCUCCCUGCUGUCUCUCAGCACGCCCAACAGCAACCGAAAACGCCGACGUCUCCGUGAGACCUUGGCCCAGCUCACCAAGGAGACGGAGAUCUCGCCCUUUCCCCCUCGCAAGAGGCCGUCUGCAGAGCACUCUCUCUCCAUGGGCUCCCUCCUGGAUAUCUCCAACACCCCAGAGACCUGCAAAGCCAUGGGAGAGAACAGCAGGCCCUCCAAAAGCUCCACGCCAGCCCUGCCCAAGCAGUCCGCCCGAUGGCAGGUCUCAAAGGAACUAUACCAGACCGAGAGCAACUACGUGGACAUCCUCGCUACGGUCCUGCAGCUCUUCAAGUUGCCGUUGGAGAAGGAGGGCCAGGUCGGGGGGCCAAUUCUGGCUCAAGAGGAGAUCAAAACCAUUUUUGGCAGCAUCCCAGACAUCUAUGAGGUUCACACCAGGAUAAAAGCUGAUCUGGAGGAGCUGGUGAUGAACUGGUCCGAGGAUAAAAGUGUGGGAGACAUCAUUCUGAAAUAUUCUGGAGAGCUGGUAAAGGCGUACCCUCCGUUUGUGAACUUUUUUGAGAUGAGUAAAGAGACCAUAGUGAGGUGUGAGAAACAGAAACCCAGGUUCCACGCUUUUCUAAAGAUCAAUCAGGCAAAGCCAGAGUGUGGGAGGCAGACACUGGUGGAGCUGCUCAUUCGCCCUGUUCAGAGACUGCCCAGUGUGGCUCUUCUGCUCAACGACAUAAGGAAACACACCUCUGAUGAUAACCCAGACAAAGUGACUCUGGAAAAAGCCAUUGAGUCUCUCAAAGAAGUCAUGACUCACAUAAACGAGGACAAACGGAAAACGGAGGGUCAGAAACAGAUCUUUGACGUGGUCUAUGAAGUGGACGGCUGCCCUGCCAACCUGCUGUCGUCUCACCGGAGCCUGGUGCUGCGUGUGGAGACCAUCGCCCUGGGGGACAAGCCCUGCGACCGCGGGGAACACGUCACGCUCUUCCUCUUCAAUGACUGCUUGGAGAUUGCCAGGAAGAGGCAUAAAGUGAUCAGUACGUUUAAGAGUCCGCUGGGACAGACACGGCCGCCAGCACAGCUCAAACACAUAGCCCUCAUGCCCCUGUCUCAGAUCAGGAGGGUUCUGGACCUGCAGGACACGGAGGAGUGCCAGAAUGCUUUCGCCCUGGUGGUGCACCCCCCGACGGAACAAGAAAACUUGCUCUUCAGCUUCCAGCUAACAGCCGAAGACACGCCCAAAUCCACCUGGCUGAAGACGCUGUGCCGUCAAGUGGCCAACACGAUCUGCAGAGCCGACGCGGAGGAUCUGAUUCAGUGCACUGAUCCGGAUUCUGUUCAAGUCAGUACCAAGGACAUGGACAGCACCCUGAGCAGGGCCUCCCGCGCCAUCAAGAAGACCUCAAAGAAGGUCACUAGAGCGUUUUCUUUCACUAAAACCCCAAAGCGCGUGAUCCAGAGAGCAUUCAUGGCCAGCAGUACCCCAGAUGACAAGAGCCCUGGACAAGGCUCUGAACACAUGGCCCGCAUGGCCAGUACCUCCACCCUGGCUGCCAUCCAUUCUCCGUCUCUGGUCAACCUCUCUUCAGCGUUUGAGAGAAAAUACCACACCUUCAGUCGGUCUACCACACACCUCAUAUAA